AUGGAGUUCUUGGCAUUUGAAGAUGGAACACUACGCGAUGAGCGUUAUAGGCAUACUGAGCUCAUUGAGGAGCCAUUUCAAAAAACGAGAAAAGUCUAUCUGCAGCAGCCCAAUGCAACCCAUUCCAGUCUUGCGGAUUUUCAGGAUACUGCACCCUCUAACGGCGUCACAACCUUUAGCCAUAACCCUAAGAGUCUGGUGUUUGAGAAUUUCAUCGUGAACGAGACGUAUACAAUGGUGCUCACCCUUAUCAACUGCACAAAUCGCUCUACAACUUUUAGAGCCUUGCCGAUAUCUCCAAAGUACAGAGACGUGCUCCGAGCAGAGUACUCUCCACCACCGAAACUUUCGCCAGGAUUGUCAUGGAAGGUGAAGAUUAUAUUUACACCUGUGGAGAAUGUAGAUGUGGAAACGGCUGUCGCUUUUAGAACAGAAGAGGGAAUUCUGUUUGUCCCUGUAAAAGCACUUCACCGACGUUCUGUUUUGUCCUUUUCACCGGAAAAUCUUGAUUUUGGUGUGGUUGUGUUCGGAGAGAAGGUGAGUCGAGUGUUGACGCUGCGAAAUGAUGGAGCUCUUCCAGCAAAGGUUUUUAUUUCCGGGUCUCUCCGUAGGUGGAUGGAGGUGCUUCACAAGGAUCUUCAAAGCGGAAAGGAGGCACCGGUUGUGAGCGUAAAGCCGGUUACAUACCAGAUGGUGGUUAAUCCAUUUUCCUCUUGUACCCUAGAGGUAACAUUUUCUCCUCAUCAAGAUACCACCAUUGAUGAUGAUAUUGAGCUUCGUUACGAAUCAGAGGAUAUAACGUGUGUCCGGAAGAUACCUGUCAAGGGCUUUGGAGGUUCGCUUCCAGUAUACGUCUCUUCUUCACCCGAAAUAGACUUUAGGUGGUGCUUUUACGAAAAUACGUAUUGUGAUAAAAUUACCAUUACAAAUGCCACCAAUGUGUCGGUAACAGUAGUACCAGAGAUUCCGCCUAUGAUUGCAUCUUCGUUAUCUUUUUCACCGGCGAAUGUGUGUGUUCAAGCAAAUGAUACGUUUGAUGUCUACGUCUUUUUUACGCCGAGGCGUGGUCUUGAGACUGUAAUUUCCACACUGGUCAAGCUGAUCGUUUCAGGGCAGGCAUCACCAAUCUCUGUGACAUUGAAGGCUUCACUUACUGAACGAGGUUUCACUGUGGAACCGAGCAAACUUGACUACGGCGUUAGUGGGCCUGAUGAGGAAAUAAUAUUUCCAUUGAAAGUAAAGAAUCUCUCUAGCUUGCCGCAGACACUCGGAUUCUUGAAGCUGCCUGAGAAUGUACGAAUAGUACCGUUUCAAACUAUUACGCUGUUGCCAAAAGAGAUUGUUGAAUUUAAGGUUGGAGUGAGACCACCCACACUGGGCCAGUACACACAAGUGGUUAAGGUUACAAAUGAGUAUGGAGAUUAUCGCACUUUGCAGCUUACAGGGUGUGGCCGCAAGUACAGCAUGCAGUUCUCAAAACCAUGUGUGAGCCUCUCUUCUUGCCCUACUAACGCUGAAACAAGCUGCACAACGGUGCUCCAAAACCGGGGUUCCACGCCUCAAAAGUUUUGCUUGAAUUCUACAACUUCAUUGCUGAGAGUGUCUCCGUCAUCAGGCGUGCUGUACCCCGGGGAAGCUGUUCCAGUUGUUGUUAUAUUCGAGCCACCGAGCAAUCAGCCAAUAGAACCAGUUGUAGAAGAAAUUGUUGCACGCCCUGUGGCUAGGUUUUCAACUAAAAAGGGGAAAGAACGCGAAGGUCAGAUGGUGCUAGAAAAGAAUUUGGGAAAUAUUGAUGAUCUGUACAAAGAAUGGGAAAGUAACUCACCCGAAGAAGAAUGGAGCAGGCAUCGUACCUUCUUUAUAAAAUGCACGUGUGGGACUGAAUCAUAUAUGGAGAUGUUUUUCCUUCAGGUUAAUUGUACUGUAAUCAAGCCAACUCUUCUUGCGAGGUUCCUUUCGCGCGUUGAUCAUAAGGUUCUUACCAAAAAUGAGUCAACGAAGCGCAAUUUGAAAAAAAAUGUUCCGGUGCAGCCAGUUAUGGAACAAGCGCCUCUUGUAGAAGUGUCUCCGAGUGGCACCCAUCUAACCAUAGAGUUUGGUGAGGUGCCAUUGAAACACUACAGUGAGAAGGCCGUUUUCCUACAGUACAAUGGUGAGAAGGCUAUUAGUUUACGUAUACGUCCGACUGACACAUUAUCUCCUUUUCGUAUAGUGAAACUUCCACCUGCGAUACUGUCUCAAAAUGAAGAAUGUGCAAUGGGAAUUAGAUUUCUUCCCACAGAGUAUGGAUUGUACAAGGAUCAUAUUACCAUUGCCUCUACUGAGGCGAAUGAUAUCAUAUUGUCUUUCUCAGGUGUUUGCAGACCUGCUGAUUUGUUGAUCAGCCGGGAUCGUGACGUUGCCGAAGGGCGUAUGCACUCGAUUGAGCGACUUGUAUUUGAAUCUGUAGAGGUGGGGCAUGAAGCCCGAGAACAAAUGUUUUUUCACAACCUGAGUUCGUUGCCCAUUGAGGUGCACGCAAAGUUUGUAACUGAAGAAGGCGAGAAACCGGAGUGGCCGGAGGCCCAAUCAUUUGUAAUUGAGUGUGAUCAGUUUACAAUACCUGGGAACUGCAAGAUGAGCACUAAUCUGCUUUUUUGCCCUCAAGCCGUGGGUAUCUUCCGUUUGUCACUGCACGUCUCUGCUGGUGCGUAUGAGCAUACUAUUCUUGUUGAGGGUCGAGCGUGCGACAAAUUUGUUUUCUUCACAUUUCCAGAUCAAUCACAGCUAACAGAAACCAGGCGUGUACGAUAUCCCAGCGUACACCAAGAUGUCUUUCCUACAGACGGUCUUUCUGCCCUGUGUCCCGUUCAAUUUCAUUGCAUCACAGGUGAAACAAAGACCAUUACUGUCGGGUG